GGGCUUCAGAACCUUUGCACGGAGCUUGAAAUCCCGUGGCUCGGGAUUUCUGCUGCAGUAGGCUGUAGGCUCGGUUAGGCUGAGAGACUACGAAGCAGAACGCACUCCAUGGACCUCUCAUCCAGGCCUGCGGAAUGUCAGGAAAAGCUUUCAGAGCUUCAAAAGCGAUUUGACUUUUCCGAAGCAGAGCUGGUGUGCUUCGAGCUAAAUAGCGGCACUUUGAGCUUGGCUAAGAUGGCUGCGUUCGAGAGUUUCUUGCAAGUCCAAAGGGAUAAGCGGGUGCCAAAGAAGCCGUUUCUCCGGACAGAUCGACCAUUGGCUCGGCCGCUGACAGCAGGGCCUCCGUUCGCAGGCGACCACAAACGGCCACCAUCGCAGGUGACAACGCCUAUCAAUAAGCGCACACGGGAGGCGGCGUACGCAGAUGAUGCAGGAACACCUGCUCCCCUACCAAUGCCGAGCCAUCAGAUUUCGGUGAAGAGUAGCAUCAACACUGGGAACUUGGAGAAGACUUCACUGUCCCAGAGGUCCGAGGUGAAGCUUUUGGGCCCCUGUUUUUGGGCAGGUGAAGAAGGCCAUGAUGCUUACACGUGGAUGGAUGAGGCCAUCUCCGAGCGCGCCGUCCGGCGGGACGAGCGUUUGCAGGAAUGGGAAGCGAUCGUGACAGCAACACUGCAACGACAAGCGGAAGAGGCCGUGGUGGGCACCGUUGGGGUGAGAAGCCAAGUGGAGACCAUCUUAUGCGGCCGCAUCAGCUGCGAGGGUCUGGAGGGGCGUCUCAAUGAGAACUCCAUGCUGCUUGAAGGUUCCACCCUGGCCGGAGGAGCGAAGGUGCAAUUGAAUGUCGCCAACUGCCAGCAAGUUGCUGCCUUCCCUGGGCAGAUUGUGGGCGUGAUCGGCCAGAGUGGCAUGGCAGGAAGCACGUUUCAUGCCAAAGAGUUCCUUCCAGGUUUACCUCAGGAAGCACAACCACUUGGUGAGCGAUCUUCUCUGCACGCGCUGGCUGUGUCGGGACCGUUCAGCAAGAAGGAUGUGCUGGACUUCUCAGCUUUAGAGAGCGUCCUCGCCGAAGUGGCCUCUGCCAGAGAGCGGCCUGAGGUGUUGAUCAUUUUCGGGCCACUGCUGGACUCGAACAACACCAAGGUUGCCGAGGGCGAAGUGUACCUCCAGAACACGGAGGAGCCGUGCACCUUUGAAGAGGUGUACGAAGAGCUCUUCGCGUUGCUUGGGCGCCACUUGCUGCCCUUGCGCCAAGCGAAACCGCCUACCGAGGUGUUGAUCGUUCCAGCACUUGACGAGGUGCUCUCUUUCCAUCCCUUGCCACAACCUCCGAUCGACGUAUCGAUGGGGCCAUUCCUCACUCGAAGGGAUUCCUUGGAGCAGUUGCAGCGCUUGGGAGUUCGCUUUCUUCCCAACCCUGCACACUUGGAGAUCAAUGGCAUCAAGGUGUGUCUCACUUCAGCAGACUUGCUGGGGCCCAUGCUGCCACAGCUGGUGUUGCGACCUCCAGGGAAGAAGAUUCAAGAGGCCUUGCGGCUACUGCUCCAGCAGCGGUGCUUGCUGCCCAUGGUGCCACGCGAACCGGCCCAGGUCUAUGAGUCCAGAGCCUCCGCACUGGACUUCCCCGCUGGCGCGCCCCAUCUCUGCAUUUUCCCAUCCAUUUCCGGACUCUCAGCGACCGUGGCAGAUGACACACUCUUUGUGAAUCCUGGAUUCCUUCACAAAAGUGCCAUGGCGGAAGUGUGGAUCGCACCAGGUUCAGCAUCCUUGGAUGAGCGAUUUCGCGUGGACAUGAAGAAACUUGAAAAGAAGGAGUCCUGAAAUGGGCGCCAUCCAAUCAUUGUCUUUGGCACCGACCUAGAAAUGACCGUCACAAAGUUUGGUCAAUGUGU